UUCUACCCCCCUCCGAGUCAAGUUGUUCUUCACCAAUAGGAACGAAAUGGUAUCUACUAGUUGGAUUUGCCUGAGGGAUUGUUAGUUUGUUGUGUAGAAGAGAUGAGUCGGUACCGUGGAUUUAAGUUAGAAAUGAUCUGACGUUCAAACGAAUUAUCACCUUGAGAGUAAUCGAUGGCUGCUUUGGCAGCUUUGUUCUUCCUAUUUCAAGUGGCCCGGUCGCAAUGGUUGGUGCCGGAAACGUGCGUUGUAUCGGAUUCGUACACCAAAGUGAACCCAGAUGCGGAUGUGACCAUAGGUGUGAUUCUAAACGUCCACGAAAGAGGAGAAGGCGUGUACGGAUGCGGAAGACCGAGUCGCCAAGGAGUGGAAGUGUUCGAAGCUAUGAGAUGGGCCGUCUCUCUUCUAAAUCAAGAUUACGGAGAAAUUAAUAGGAAAGCGGUGACCGAGUCGUUUAUUCCUGGCGUUAAGAUUGGGUUGCAAGUAUAUGAUAGCUGCAAUCAUCCGGAUGUAAGUACGAAACACGUGACUUCACUGUUUCCGGUUUUAAAGUCUGGUUCAAUGACCUGUAGACCCGAAAACGGUUCCCUUCUGGCAGGAUUAAUUGAAAUGAAUGCAAUACGUGAAAAUCGUCUUCUAAUUGAAAAUCUCCGAAGAUAUCUAAUUCCUGUUAUCUCUGUUCGUAGUAACAUUGUUCCCGCUGAACAGUUAGCUAGAGUUCUUGCAGAAAUUGCCCAUGACCUCGAAUGGGAAAGAUUUGCCAUCAUCCAUUCUCAAGAUGAACAUAGUUUUCAAGUAACAAAAAAGUUGGGUCAAAUUAGCCAAAAUGGAAAACCAUGUAUUAUUGCGACACAUUCCAUUUCAUCCGAACAUCCUGUAAAUCUAAAACUACUCAAAAAAAUGUUAAUAACUUUUACUAAUAGAUUAGAAAAUAAAACCGCCGUAUUAGUUAUUAUGGAUGAACAAACUCUCACGGAAUUAAUGCGAGUGAUGAGUGAAGUGCCAGAUAUAGUCAGACGUUUGCAAUGGUUAUUUUCGUGGAUCCCACCCGAAACAGAAUUGGCAAAUAUAAUCAACGGUUCACAGAUUUAUAGCGUGUCACCCUAUCCGAGUACAAUUCAACAGUUUGAAAGUUAUUGGAGUAAUCUUCAUACAAGAAAAGCUACUACUUCGAUAACGGAUCGUUGGUUUUUAAAUUUUUUCACAUACAAUAAUCAAUGCCGUCUCAAAGGAGAUCCUUCAUUGUGCACUUCAUCGAUAGAACAACCAGUUACAGAAUUAAGAAGGACAUCUAGAUUUUUGGCUGCUUUUCACGCUGUUUCUACUUAUGCCCACGCUUUGAAAAAAAGUUGGGAAGUUUUAUGUGAUUCUGUGCCUGGUAUUUGUAAUGCUUUUAGACAGAUGGCUCGUCAACAAUUUAUAGGGCAGUUUCUCGAAUCUGUUGACUAUUAUCAUAGCGAUUCCAACCGUAGCCCCCCUGAAAUGAACGGACAAAGAGUUUCAACUAAUCGUGAAGGCGAAAUUACUGGUUUGAAAUUGGCAUUAACUUUAUACAGAAUGGAUUCAGAACAGAGACUGCAUUACACUCAGGCCGUAGCAUACGAUGCAGAUCAUGCAGAAGUAGUAGACAUCAAUGCAAAGUACAUACCGUCACUCUGUCCGAAGGAAGGAUGCAACGAUUGCAUAAAGAUAAGACAAUCAAGAAUGGAAGAAGAUAAAUUAUCCAAUCAAGAUAUUAUUAUUAUCGGGAAAUCUGAUGCACUUUUAAUUCCUGUGAUAUUACCAAUUCACAAGACAGGUUCUCGUCCCUUCGAGUGCAGUUCCGUAAUUAACGGUGAAGCGAUACAAGAUUUGGAGGCAAUUUUAUGGACUUUAGAUAAAAUCAACGCCGAUCCUGCAUUUCUUCCAGGCAUUGAAUUGGGAAUUGCUGUAAUGGAUACAUGUUCAUCGCCAAUGACAAUUCGUAAGACUUUAGGCAAUUUUAUAGCUAAACAAACAGAGCAAUGGGAUGGCAUCGCUUUAGAUUCUGCUGUAGCGGUGAUAGCUUCUACCGCUUCCUCAGAAGUAGAAGCAGCAGUAACGAUGUUGUCACCAUUUAAUAUCACAUUGAUAUCAACAAAAGACGUUCAGAUUUCGGAAGAUAAUCUUGGAAGUAAUCCCUAUUUAUUUCAAAUAGCUCAGCCAGCAAGCAAUGGUGUUAAAGUCACAAUCGAUUUAUUAAAAUAUUUAGGAUGGUCAUUUGUUUCUCUUAUAUACGAUAAUAAUCCUUCGUACAAAAAUGCGGUGACAGAAUUCAAGAAACUGGCUGCUCAGCAGCGAAUCUGUUCUGCUAUUGAUGUAUCGUUAGAAAACAUUACUGUUACAGAUACUGUUAUAGAAUUAGCUAAGGCAAAAGAAAAAGGUGGUAGAGCCGUAGUAACUUGGUUAUCCGAGUCAUCUAUUCGUGCAAUUUUAGACGAAAUUAAAAUCUCAAAUGAUUUUUAUCCCGGAGAAAUUCUAUGGAUUAUUAACGGAGAUUGGAGUGAAAAUUGGAACAUUGUUAAAGAUAGAGAAUUAUUCGCUUCUGGAGCUUUAUUGAUUCGACCUCAAAGAAUUGAUUUCGAGGAAUUUUCGUCAUACUAUCAAAAACUCACACCGAACAAUAAUGCAAGAAAUAUUUGGUUUUCUGAAUAUUGGCAACAAAAGUUAGGAUGUUCCGAUACGGAAUGUUCUCCUCUUCCUUAUUACUCAACUUCGAGCAGUUCUUAUAGCAGUCAAGCUGUUAUUGCCUUAGCUGCAGGGUUAACACGUCUUAGAGAUUAUUUAUGCUCAACUGAGCGUGGUUUAUGUUCCAGAAUGUUACACCACCAUCAACUUCGACCAGCUAUCAGUCAAUAUAUUCAAUAUACUGCUUCAGGAAAUCCUGAAAAUUCAGACAAUCUUUUCACUUUUACAUCAACUGGUUAUGGUAAUAUACCGUUUGACAUUUUCUUUUUUAGAAGAUCUGCCUUACAGAGUUACAAUUAUAGAAAAGUGGCUACUUAUCAUAAUGGUUUGAUAAAUAUGACAAAUCUGGUGACACACAAUAUCGAAGGACAAGAGAUCCAGUUUGACGAUCAACGGUCAGAAUGCAUCGCUGACUGUGGACAUUGUUUCAAUGGACCAGUCGAUUGGUUAUUUUCGGAUUCUCCUGAUCGUCUUUACAUCGCAGCUACAAUCAGUGUCCACAAAUCUUCAAGCAAUCCACUUCAGUGUGGUCCUUUGACAUCGACUAGUAUCCAGAACGUAGAAGCUUUUCUCUGGGCUUUAGAUCAACUCAAUAUGCAUCCUGAUAUUUUACCAGGAAUUCACAUGGGAGCUUUAUUAUUGGAUAGUUGCAGCAGUCGCGAGAAAACUGCUCGAGAUGUGUCAAAUCUUUUCAGUCAUUCCUUAAUAUCUCCAUCAGAAGAUGUAAAAUUACCAUCGACUAAUGAAAUCGUUGGAUUUAUAGCAGGCGAUCAUUCCAUUAAUGUUAUAGAUCCCGUUGUUGAUGUGACAGUACCAUUAAACAUAACUACGGUGGCACCUGCAGCUUCCCAUUCGAUCUUUAACGAUUUGGAACGUUAUCCUUCGCUGUUACGUCUUUCUCCUCCAAACAAUAUAUUAGCGGAUGGAAUGAUUAGUGUAUUAAAGCAUUUUCACUGGACUUACAUAUCACUCUUAUACGGAGACGAGCAUUUAGAUUUAUACAAUGCAUUUAUCAGUAUGGCCCAACAGAGAGGAAUUAUUUUAGCUUUGAAUGAAAAAAUAACGUCUUCCAGCAGUUCUUCCUUAGAAGGAGUAGUUAGCCGGUUGCAAUGGAAACAAAAACAAGGAUCUAAAGUCAUAGUAGUAUUGUUAAAUUCCAAUCAUCUCGAUCGACUUCUAACAGUUGUCGAAAAUUAUCCCGAUUUUGGACAUCCAAUAUGGUUUGCACCCGAAACCAUUCACGUUUUCUAUCGUCAUCCAGAAUUAUCUUUAGGAGCUAUUAGCAUUCGAUCCGAAUCGUCACCUGUUCCCAGCUUUAUGGAUUAUUUUGUUAAUCUUCACAUUCGAAACAAUACUCGAAACUCUUGGUUUAGCGAAUAUUGGGAGAAAAAGUUUAAAUGUCGGGGUUCAUCUUGCUUUAAUAUUGGAAUCGAAGAGAGCAGACAAGGAACUUUCCUUCAAGACGUUCAGAUACCAGGAAUAAUAAAUGCAGUUUUUACACUGGCUCAAGGUUUGGAGAAAGUCAGACAGCAAGUUUGCCCUACUAAAUUGAGAGGAGUCUGUCAUCAAAUGAAAAAUAUGGAAAAUUUAAGACAAUUAAUAAUAGAAAAUAGCAAGAAAUUAACUUUUAUAGGUAUCGAUAAUAAAAUAGUUAGAUUUAGAAGCCACAAUUAUAAUCCUGGAUCAUUCGAUAUUUAUAAUUUUAUGGAAGUUGGAAGCAAUGCUCAAGCUUUUGUAACGAUUGGGCGUUUCAACGAGGACGAAGGCCUUCAUAUCAAUGCAUCAAGAGGAAGAGGCUACAACGAUGCAAAAAAGCAGGUUUCUUUAUACAAUAUCCGUUCCGUCUGCAAUAAUACAGAAGAUUGUCCUCCUGUUAAAAGUAAACCGACUGAUAUCAUGGAAAUUUUACCAGCCGAAGGCACUUCUUUUGUGAUUGGUGCUAUAGCUCCCGUUCAUAGAUCUGGAUCGACAUUCUUCUCUUGUGGACAACUGAAUAACGAACAGAUAUUUCAAAAUAUAAUAGCUCUUUCAUACGCAAUUAACCAAGUUAACAAGAAUUCCACCAUUUUGCCAAAUAUUAAAUUAGGUUUGACCAUAUUCGACUAUUGCAAUCGUUAUCAGAAGGCGGAAGGUAUGCUUUAUAACUAUUAUUCUGAAGAUGGAGAUUUGAAUCAUUCAAGUCCCAAAUCACUUUUGGCCGCUUUGACCUUCGAUAAUGAAGUAGCAGAGAUAAUUUCCCCUAUAGCAGAAGCUGUUAACAUUACACAAAUAAUCAUUCCCGCAGUUUCGGGAAAGAAAAUGGAAGCCGAAUCAUUAUUAUCAACGACUUCAUCACCAUCGGUUCUCAAUCAAAUAAAAAUAAUUACGAAAAUUUUACUUACUUAUAAUUGGAGAAGUGUUUAUCUUAUUUACAGCGAAGAUGAAUUUGGAAAAUUUGGAAAAAAUGAAUUUACUGUUACAGCUAAGAAUAAUGAUAUAUGCAUUUCUGGAAUGUUAGAAGUAGAUGUUGAUAAAUCUACUUUAGAAUUAAUAGAUAUUUUCCAAGAAAAUAUUCAAAAUAAAAUCGGUGUAGUAAUUUUACUUACAGAAGAUACCGAAAUAGUUAAAAAAGUAGCAGAAGCUUCUAUGCAUCAUUCUAUUUUAAAUAAUACUCAAUGGAUUAUUACUGAUGGUUGGUCAAAAGAGAUAAUCACGCACGAUAAAACUAUCGUGAUAAAAACAGAUAAUAAGGAAGUACCCGAUUUUAAAAAAUACAUUAGCAGUUUGAGUUUAGGUAAACAUGAUUCCAUUCCCGAUCAAUGGUUUGAAGAAUUUUGGCAGCGUAAAUUUCAAUGCCGUUUAUCAUACAGUAAAAGUAUUCAAAUUCAGUAUCAGACGGAAUGUAGCAGAGAAGAGAGACUUAACGAAGAGGAAAUCAAUCAAGCAAAGUUCGUUUCUCAAACAAUCGAUUCAGUUUACGCAGUGACUAAUGGUUUAAAGAAAUAUCUGAAGAAGUAUUGCUUAUGGGCUGGAGCUUCAGUUGGAAUUGAUGAUUGCGGAGUAGAAGCAAGAAUGCAUUUAGCUAAAGCCAUUCAGGAAGAAAUUUCGAGUUCUGAAAACGGCUGCUCAGAUUGUGACAAUUCGAUAGUUGCCUUUGGAUUUCAAAUAUAUCAAAUAAGAAACGUUUCUUCUACCAAUCAAAUAUUUAAGGUUGGAUAUUGGAAAGGUCAAGAACUUGUACUGAGAAAAGACGAGAUUAAAGUGAAAACCAAUAUGAUUUAUAAAUGCCAACAUGAUCAAAUCGGUGCAAAAGAACGACAAAAAUCAUGGAUGUUGAAAGAUUCUAUAUUUUCCAACUUCAAAACACUCUGGGGAAUAAUUUUAACAUCCCUUUCUUUAUUGGGUAUAGUGUUAGUUAUCAUCUGCGCUCUUUACUUUUUGGUGUCUUUUCCUGUUACUGUUGGAACCACGGUUCUCGGCUAUAUGGUACUCUUUGGCCUUCUUAUACUCUACACUGUAAACUUUGCAUUUAUUGUCUCACCAACAGAAAGUACUUGUGGCAUCAGAAGAUUUACUCUGGGUUUAGCUUACUCUAUUAUAUUCUCGGGGCUUCUGGUAAAAGUCAUCAAUAUGUGGAGAAUGAUGGGUUAUCACGGAAACAGAAUGCUAAAUGAUGGAACCAAAUUAUCUAGUCCCGCAGGACUAUUAGUAAUUGCUGUAGGGCUUGUACUUAUACAAAUCAUUCUAACUGCGGCCUGGUUAAUUUUAAUUCCUCCGAAAAUAGGAUUAUACAAUGGAGUGUGGAGAUGUUCUCCACCGUCUACAUCCGAAGAAGAACUCGUCAUAUCGUUGGUUUAUGUAAUGCUUUUGCUAUUAAUCACUAUCCUUUUCUCUCUCCUGACUUGGAAAUGCCAAGACAACAACAGGGAAUCACGAUGGAUUUUAGCUUGUUGCUUAUUUGUAACCGCAAUAUGGAUAGCGUGGACGAUUCUUUGGACUCAUUUACCGUUAAGAUAUCGAGAUGCCACAACCGUCAUCGCCAACUUAAUCUGUGCCACGGCUGUUAUGUUGUUGCUGUAUUUAAGGAAAGUAUAUCUGUAUAGCAAACUCACCAGACAAGCGAGAGAUAGAGAGAUGACUGCGAGUCUUCAACCCUCUACAUAUGCCCCAUCUCUUUACGGAACAUUACAGAAGAGUAACAUAACUGCAGUACUUUACGGUUCUCAAGCAUCUCUAAAUGGUAAAAUGUAUGGGGGAGGAAGUCGCAGUAGAAGUGCUUGGUUUACAGAUGAUGCAAAGAGCGAUAGUUCCGGUUCGGUUCAAGUUCAAGCAACAGAUUUGUAUCCGCUCGACAUGUACGAUGGAGGAAGCCAAUUUCAACCUAUUUAUGGAAAUAAACAUCUUAUGAUGGUGGAUGAUAGCGUAUCGUUUGCUAGAUGAGUUACCAUCAUCCAUCAUUUGUCACAAACUCGCUCAAGAAAAAAAAAAUCCAUUUUUACAUCAAAAUUUAAUGAAAUUACGAACUUUAUAUAAAGUUUACAUCUUUUUAUACUAUAUACCAAUUUAAUAUACGUUGUUUUGUAAAUAAAUAUGUGACGAAAUAUAUUUUUUUUUGUUGCAUUUAACUUAAAAUAUUAUAGUUUUUCUAUAAGUAUUUUUAUUCUGAUUUGCGUUAGAAUUUCUGUAAUGUUCGACGUAUUGUUACAAUGUAUCAAUAGAUUUACCGAAUAAAACUUUUAGCGUUU